GCAGGCGGGGGUGUAUCCCCCAGGUCAGUACCAUGUUCCUCAAGGCGCAGGCGUCGCUGGUCAGCCAGUAAAUAAUGGUGGUCCAGCAACUCCGACGAAACAAGGGCAAGUACCGGCCCCUAGCGUGGUCAUCAGUCCGAGCGCACCGGUGAGCCCUACUCUCCAUCCCCGUCCAUGUCUCCGGGUCAAGGCGACCUAGUAGCCCCCCGGCGUUCGCUCAUCGCGCUGACCCUUGGCCCGUUUUCUAGCAUGUCCCUCCCCCUGGCGCUGCUGAAACGAUGCCGGGCGACCUGGCCCCUCCCAGAAAGUCCCAUGUCUUCGACCGCCUCCAGACAACGCCCAAAGAUAUGUCCGAAGGCAUCAGGACUCCCAAACGUCAGCAUUCGUCGCGGUUUGAUAUCUCGGAUCAACGCCAAAGAGAGUUAGAGAAGUUGCCGGGAUUCCAUGAAGUAAUACCCAGCCGGCGCCAGGAGCUGUUUAUGCAGAAAAUUGAUCAAUGCAACAUCAUCUUUGAUUUCAACGACCCGACUGCCGACAUGAAGUCGAAGGAGAUUAAGAGGCUGGCGCUCCACGAACUCCUGGAUUAUGUCGCAAACAACCGUUCGGUGAUCACGGAACCCAUGUACCCCCGAGUCGUUGAGAUGUUCGCUAAGAACCUCUUUCGACCCAUUCCACCGCCUGUGACACCCCAAGGGGAGGCCUUUGACCCGGAAGAGGAUGAACCUGUUUUGGAAGUGGCUUGGCCUCAUAUCCAGGUGGUUUAUGAGUUCUUCUUACGGUUCAUUGAGAGCCAGGAUUUCAACACGAAUAUCGCCAAGGCUUAUAUCGACCAUCACUUUGUAUUACAGCUACUGGAGUUGUUUGACUCCGAAGACCCUCGGGAACGUGAUUUCCUGAAAACUACCUUGCAUCGCAUUUACGGAAAAUUUCUGAAUCUGCGCUCUUAUAUUCGCCGCUCCAUCAAUAACGUGUUCUUCCAAUUCACUUACGAGACGGAGCGAUUCAACGGAAUUGCAGAGCUGCUCGAAAUCCUCGGAUCCAUUAUCAACGGCUUUGCACUCCCGCUGAAGGAGGAACAUAAACUCUUCCUGACGAGGGUUUUGCUGCCCUUGCACAAAGCCAAAGGCCUCAGCAUGUAUCACCCGCAGUUGGCGUAUUGUAUUGUACAGUUCCUCGAGAAGGACUCAUCGCUGACGGAAGAGGUUGUUCUCGGCUUACUACGCUAUUGGCCGAAGGUCAACAGCACGAAGGAAGUGAUGUAUUUGAACGAAGUAGAGGAUAUUUUCGAGGUUAUGGACCCAGCGGAAUUUGCCAAGGUCCAAGUGCCCUUGUUCCAGCAACUGGCGAAGUCAGUUGCAAGCCCCCAUUUUCAGGUGGCGGAACGUGCUCUCUAUUUCUGGAACAAUGAAUACUUCUGCAACUUGGUCAGCGAUAAUGUGGAGACUAUCUUACCGAUCAUGUUCCCUCCGCUGUACGAGAACUCGAAAGGACACUGGAAUCGAACAAUCCACAGCAUGGUAUAUAACGCCAUGAAGAUGUUCAUGGAAAUCAACCCGCAGCUUUUCGACGAAUGCUCGCAUGAGUAUAACGAGCGGCAGAACAGUGCCGAGCAGCGUGAAAGAGCCCGAAAGGAGCGAUGGGAAAAACUGGCAGAGCAGGCCAAAGACCGGCAGAACGGUGUUCCUCCGCCACCGCCACCAGCGGACGUUCCUGUUUAUGUAGACGAGGUUGAUAGCAUCACUCAAGAUAGUCAGAAUCGUCUCCAAUCUCUGAAGCUGGAUGACUCGGGCUCAGUGAAGGAACGACGGAGUUCAACGGUUAGUGUCCAUGCCUGAGUGUUCGUGAAGUCAUGUUUUGACAUGACCUUGUCUGCACAUUGAUGAACCUUUCCCCCUGCUUUUGUCGUCAUCGUUUUGCUAAGAUUUCGUCGUUUUUAAUGUUACAGCAAGCGUGAUUCUAACGUUAAAACGUCGGUUGCUCCAGAGACGGCGCCGCGACACCCUUGAUGAUACUCGGAGGCGACGGAGUGGUAGCGGCAGUGAGAUCCGGCCGCGCGACCGUAGAAGGUCGAUCGGGUCGAGUGCCGUGCAGAUCUUAACACGAAGCAAUUCUACCAAGUGAUGGACGGUCGAUUUGAUGGCACUCAUUAAUUUAGAUUUCCCAUAGUGAUGGCAUAGCGACUACGAGCUGCGAUGAGUGUGUUUGUUUUCACUUGGUUUGACAUUUGAUCAGAACCCUCUGUUACCCGCCUUUCACCCUCUAUAUCUUUCCGAUCUUAUUUUUCUUUUCUCUUUCAUAUCUCCUUUUGUGUACAUGGCUUUCAAUAUUCCUUUCUCCGCGCGCAGGGCUAUCUUUGUGCCCGUGAUUCAAAGCGGACGUUUGAGUUGGACUAUUAGAACUGUGUUCGGGUCUGGAAAACGGGUGCAAAUGGCGUUUCCCUUAGUCGACGUUUAUGUCGAUGACCUCUUUUGAUUCUAAAACAUUAUGAAGUAUUUAUGGCAUAACAGACUAAAUCCACCACUAUAUGCACCUCA